AUUUAAUCUUCUAAUCAUGUGUUUGGCUCGGUUCAUCAUCUAAACUCAUAAAUAAAGUUAAAUUUGCAAUGGAAACAAAAGAUUGUGAAAUCAGCUUACUUGUGGACCCUGAGACUUGUAGGAUAUGUUUCGAUGAUAAUUUCAAAGCUGAGCAGAUGUAUUAUGUUGCUUUAUGCAAUCAUAAAUUUUGUUUGGAAUGCAUGAAACGAUUUAUAGAAGACAAGCUUCUCGAGGGAACUGUACCGAUAUGUCCUUAUUAUCAAUGUGAGUCUAAGCUGACUCUUAGAAGUUGUGUUCAUUUUUUGACAUCUAAACUAAAAGCGAUGUGGGAACAACGGAUUGAAGAGGAAUCGGUUCCAGUAACGGAGAGAUUUUAUUGCCCGAACCCGAGGUGCUCGGCUUUAAUGUCGAAAACCAAGCUCUCUAAAUUUAUUGAAGAAGAUGGAUCUAUGAGAUGCUUCCAAUGCGGGGAGCGCUUUUGCAUGAACUGCAAAGUUUUGUGGCAUAGUAGUUUGUCGUGUGACGAUUACAAGGUUUUGGGUAAUAAUCCUACAUCAGAUGAUAAGAUGCUAAAAGUUCUUGCAAAUGAGAAUCUGUGGCGUCAAUGUGAAAAGUGCCAACACAUGAUCGAACUUUCGGAAGGAUGCAUCCAUGUAACUUGCAGAUGUGGAUAUUCGUUUUGCUACACAUGUGGAGCUGAAUGGAAGCAUGGAGGUUGCCCUCAUCGACAAAGGAUGCUUGUAGAUUGUGGUAUUUGUACUCUUUUCUUAGGUUGUCUUGUCUAUUUAAUAAUUUUUUGUGUUAAAUUUUUCAUAAAAUAAUAAAACAAUCGUUUUCUAGA